CUCUGCCUACAGAAACCCUGAAGAAGCCAGCAGGUCCGGCGUGUCAUCUCUAGCCUUGUUCAGGACUCCUCCAAAACCCAGCCAGUUCUCGGCCCCGGGAGCCCACGGGUGGCCCCGUUCUGUGGGGGCGUAUGGGGCGGCGCUAAUUAGGCUGGCGGUACAGGCCAGGAGCCUCUCCAACAUGAACCUCGUGGGUAGCUACGCACACCACCACCACCAUCACCACCCCCACCCGGCGCACCCCAUGCUCCACGAACCCUUCUUCUUUGGUCCGGCCUCCCGCUGCCAUCAGGAGCGGCCUUACUUCCAGAGCUGGCUGCUGAGCCCCGCUGAUGGUGCCCCAGAUUUCUCUGCCGCCGGGCCACCACCUACCACCGCAGUGGCUGCGGCUGCCUAUGGUCCUGACGCCAGGCCGGGUCAGAGCCCAGGUCGGCUAGAGGCGCUUGGAGGCCGCCUACCCAGACGAAAGGGCUCAGGACCCAAGAAGGAGCGGAGGCGCACAGAGAGCAUUAACAGCGCUUUCGCGGAGCUGCGUGAAUGCAUUCCCAAUGUGCCCGCGGACACCAAGCUCUCCAAGAUCAAAACUCUGCGCCUGGCCACCAGCUACAUCGCUUAUUUGAUGGAUGUGCUGGCCAAGGAUGCACAAGCUGGUGACCCCGAGGCCUUCAAGGCUGAACUCAAAAAGGCGGAUGGCGGCCGGGAGAGCAAGCGGAAAAGGGAGUUGCCUCAGCACGAAGGCUUUCCUCCUGCCCUGGGGCCAGGUGAAAAGAGGAUUAAAGGGCGAACCGGCUGGCCUCAACAAGUCUGGGCGCUGGAGCUAAAUCAGUGAGACCAGACCGGCGCCGAGGACCCGGCUGCGGCUGGCCCACCUGGCCACCCGGAGAAGAGAAGGACGCUGCGGCCAAGGCCGGCCUCCGGGUUCCCGCGGUUUGUGUGCGCGCCUCGCCCAGUCUCGGCAGAGCGCCGGCGGAUCCGCGGCUGCAACUACCCACUAGGAUCGCACGUGCAAUGUCAUUUGAAUUUGUUAAUACAGUAAGAGAAAGAGAAAUUUAUAUAUAUGUUCACUUCCCGCCAAGGGCGGCUCUUGGAGGCUCGACUCAAGAAAGGAGGGACUGCAGAGACCUAAGCGCCUGAAAGACGCACCCUUCCAACCAGUCUGGGUGGAACUCAACCCCAAAGGCCGCGCUCGCGCGCUCUCUGGCUCGCUCUCUUGCCUUCUUCGGGGUCUGUGUCAGGUUC